AUGACAUCAAUUGAGGUCAAGUCACGUUCUAAAACACUCAAAUCAUAUUCAUCAAAUGAAUUGACUACAGAUGAUUUAGUGGAUGAUUUGAUAGAAGAGCUCAGUGCCGAUAACCACAUUUCUAGACAUAGACUCAGAUUGACCAGGUUAGAAAAUGGAAAGCAAGUUCCAUUGGUGGCUGAUAAAUCGUUUGCUCAAAACGGGAUUCCCAAAAGUGAGACUAAUAUCCAACUUUACGUGAAAGAUUUGGGCCCACAGAUUUCAUGGCGAACUGUGUUUGUCGUGGAGUAUUUUGGACCAUUUAUAUUCCAUGUUUUGUUUUACAACAUUGCUGCAUUGUACAAUGUGAAACCAUUUGAACAUAUUCAAACACAAACCUUGGCUUAUUGGAUUGUGUUGUUGCACUUUGCCAAGCGUGAAUAUGAGACAUUAUUUGUGCACAAGUUUUCAAACGCCACUAUGCCUAUGUUUAACAUUUUCAAAAACUCCACUCAUUACUGGAUCUUGUCGGGAUUUAACUUGGCAUACUUUGUCUACGCUCCUGUUGGUAAUCACUCUGGUGCUUUAGGCUAUUUGUUUCACGUUAACGAGUUACCACACUGGGCUACUUACUCAUUGGUUGCCGUGUGGGCUUUUGCUGAAUUUUCCAACUUUAAAACUCACAAAAUCUUGAGUAACUUGAGAAACGAAGACACUAAGAAGUAUGUCAUCCCAUAUGGUUACGGCUUCAAUUUGGUGUCAUGUCCAAACUAUUUCUUUGAAUCUUUAUCGUGGUUGGCAUAUGCGUUGUUGGUUGGUAAUUGGUCGGCAUGGCUUUUCCUUUUUGUCAGUACCGGUCAAAUGUGGCUUUGGGCUGUCAAGAAGCACAGGAGAUACUUAAAAACAUUUGGUGACGAGUAUAAGAAGUUAAAGAGAAAGAUCUUCGUACCAUACGUUAUUUAG